CGCACAGUGGAGGAGAGAGACAGACUGAGGUCGACUAAAGGGUUUUAGAAAAUUCACCUUUAAAUUAAAGGCUGAAAAUGCCGCAGGAUUACAAUAAAGAUGCGUAUCCAGAGCCUCCCUCUCGGACUCCGAUGGAGAAUAAACAAACGGCGGUACCGAAUCCCGCUGUGCUGAUUACAAAGGUCUUCUACUACACGGUGGAUCUGCCAGUGAGCACAUUCAGAGGCAUCGUUGAGAGCUUUCGUGGGGAUAAAAAGGCCUACUACUACCACCAGAAGUUUCGCCGUGUUCCUGAACUGACCCAAUGCCAGCAGGGAGAUUUUCUGUGCUAUUAUGAGGCUGAAAUGCAAUGGAGGAGAGACUAUAAGGUGGAUCAGGAGAUUGUGAAGGUGAUGCAGAAUCGCCUGAAGGCCUGUCAGCAGCGUGAGGGUCACAGCUACGUGCAGAACUGCCAAAAGGAAAUUAAGCAGUUUAAAGAAACAUCCCUGGCCUUUCAGUCACGCUAUGGGGACCUGGGUGCAUACGGAAGCGCACGGAAGUGUUUGAUGAAACAGAAGGAGAGAAUGAUGAAAGAGGCGCAGAAGGAAUAAAACUCCUCUCCUAUGGCUUUUCCACUUCAGUCUCUCUCAUCUGUGCAUCAAAUUGUAAAAUAAAGUUUAUCGGAAAGUUA